AUGCUAGGACUUGACGCCCGGGUGCAGCGCCUGACCAAGAAGAUUGAUGAGGCAGACCUCCAGUUCGGUGUCGAGGGACCGUGUACUCCUUGGUCAGGAGAGUGUCGCUUUUUGAAGCGGAAGUUCACAGGGAUCAACGGGAACAUUGUCAUAGAGCAAGAUGGUAAGCACGUUGACAAGUUGGUUAGCUUGGUCGGUGUCGAGAGAGUAUUCUUCUUUAUCUUGGUCCAGACAGACCAGAAUGCCUCUACACGAUCAAGACCGUCGAGCAACGAUGGCUUGGUGACCUUGGUCCUGAGCGAGGUGCACGGAAGUUUGUAUUCUUUGCAAGAGGGUCUGUUUCUCAAAAGGCUCUUGGAGACCGUUUGCAGUGACAACGUGUUGAAGCACAUUGACAUAGCUUACUUGUGGGUGCAGGACCUCAGGGCCCGCAACAUGUUCAGCUUGAAGCCUAUCUCCACUCGGUUUUGCCCACCUGACUUGGCUACCAAGCCGAUGAGUGGGGUGAGAUCAAGGAUGCUGUCAUACCUCAUAGGAGUCUGCCAGUCUGAUGGUACUCUCAUCGGUGCCGAAGAGUUUGAAGGGGAGUGGAGCACAGCACAGUUGCGAUGCAUCCGCAAUGCCCAAGAAAGAUCGAUUGCACAAUCUAGUUCCCAUGCAGCUCGGCGUGUGUUAGCAAUUCUGCUUGCGAGUGAAGGCUUGAACUUUGCUGAGGGAGCCCUUUGCUUUUCUCGAUAUCCGAACACCCCCUCCAUGUUUACCUCUUGGAACCUCGGCAUCAUGGUAGUGGUGCCGUUGCUGCUGGCGGUGAUCUUUGUCAACACGGAGGCCUUCUUCAAGACCUACACCAAGGAUGGUGACCACACCCAGGAGGAGACGAACGUCGAGAACAUUAAGGUUACGAGACGCCUGGAGGAGACCAUCGAGUACUACAACAACGCUGAGGACACGACCUUCCUGGAGAACGCCUUCUACAUCCUGGCCUUCUUUACGGUGGAGGCGGAGAACUACUGGGAGAUCGUCGUGGAGAUGCUCUUCAUCUACUUCAACGUGGCGAUCAAGAUCUACUUCAACGUGGCGAUCCAGAUCUACUUCAGCGUGGUGAUCCAGAUGUACCUCAAGGAGAUGUUCAUCUUCUUCCUCAACGCGAUGAUGUUCGUGGAGACGCCUCAAGUGGUGAGGCAACACAGGCUCUACAAGGCCAAUGGCGUGGACUACUCUGAGAAGCUACUGCGUCACUGGGAGACACACCGUGAAGUCUCAACGGAAGCUCUUGAGGAGUUCGAAGGUGCUGGAACAGCAGCUGCUGUGGCUGCCCAAGAGGAGUUCAACAACAGAGCUGCUGACCCUGGAGCGCAAGGAGAAGAAGUCUGGGUGGUUGGCCGUGGCUCUGCUUUUCACAAAGUGAGCUGUGGCAUGGUCAAGAAGGCCCAACCGCAAG